GGCCGGCCCUCGGCUGGGCUGUCGCGGCGCAGGCGCAAUGGUGGACUCCGCCGCGGGAGUGUCAAUCUCCUAGCUCUCUUAUAACGGGAAGACAAGUAUGGCGGAGGCGAUGGAUCUUGGUAAAGACCCCAAUGGGCCCACUCACUCCUCCACUCUGUUCGUGAGGGGAGACGGGAGCGCUAUGUCGUUUUACGUGCGGCCCAGCCCGGCCAAGCGCCGGCUGUCGACGCUCAUCCUGCACGGUGGCGGCACCGUGUGCCGGGUGCAGGAGCCCGGGGCCGUGCUGCUGGCCCAGCCCGGGGAGGCGCUGGCCGAGGCCUCGGGCGACUUCAUCUCCACGCAGUACAUCCUAGACUGUGUGGAGCGCAACGAGAGACUGGAGCUGGAGGCAUACAGGCUGGGACUGAGCGAGCAGGCUCCAGACACAAAGCCCGGGGCUUCCACCGAGGGCUCCGCGGAGCUGGAGCCUCAGCCUCUGACCGGGCGCAUCGCCUACACGCAUGCGGACGACGUGGCCAUCCUGACCUACGUGAAAGAAAAUGCCCGCUCGCCCAACUCGGUCACAGGCAACGCCUUGUGGAAAGCGAUGGAAAAGAGUGCGCUCACGCAGCACUCCUGGCAGUCGCUCAAGGACCGCUACCUCAAGCACCUGCGGGGCCAGGAGCACAAGUACCUGCUGGGGGACGCCCCCGUCAGCCCAUCCUCCCAGAAGCUCAAGCGGAAGGCGGAGCAGGACCCCGAGGCCGCGGAUAGCGGUGAGCCUCAGAACAAGAGAACGCCAGACUUGCCUGAAGAGGAGUGUGUGAAGGGAGAGACCAAGGAGAAUGAUGAUGAGGACGCCAGUCAGGAGUUUGAAGAAGCUGUGGUGGGGGAGAGCCCUGACUUUGAAAUACAUAUAACAAUGUGUGAUGAUGAUCCUCCCACACCUGAGGAAGAUUCCGAAACACAGCCAGAUGAGGAGGAAGAGGAGCCAAAAGUUUCUACACAGGAAGUGGGAGCUGCCAUCAAAAUUAUCCGGCAACUAAUGGAAAAGUUUAAGUUGGAUCUAUCAACAGUUACACAGGCCUUCCUGAAAAACAGUGGUGAGCUGGAGGCCACUUCCUCCUUUUUAGAGUCGGGUCAGAGAUCUGACGGUUAUCCAAUCUGGUCCCGGCAAGAUGACUUAGAUUUGCAGAAGGAUGAUGAGGACACUAGAAAUGCAUUGAUCAAAAAAUUUGGAGCUCAGAAUGUUGCUCGGAGGAUUGAAUUCCGAAAGAAAUAACGGACAAGAUAACGGCGGAUGAUGAUAUAAAUAUCUUGUGUCCAUUGAAACUGACCAGUACUGCUGCUCUGCGAGCCUCAGAUUUUGUAGCCAAGCAGUGUUACGUAGCAGGAUAAAGUAAAAGAAACUGGAUCUAGAGUGGUCCAUGGCAAGUAUCUCUGUGUUAUGAUAGGGAAAUCUAAACCAGGAGGUUGGUCUGUAUAUUAGUAGAUUAGCCUUUGUUGGAAGGCAACCCCUGUUGUGUUGGUGACAGGAGCCUAGUGACAGAAAUCAAAGGUCUUUUCAGGCCUGGUGAGUAAGUAAGCUCGUCUUUUGGCAGAAGUUGUUUCAGAUGAAGAGUCUAGAAAUAAGAUUUAAUGGCAAAGCUUAAAACAUGGACUGUUCCAAACCAGCCCAUCUCCCAGGGAGCUCUGAUUUCUACUUCGUUGAAAAAUCCCAUAUUCAGCUUCCUAAUGGUGAUUGAAAACCCCACCCCUCUUCUGGCUGUUGCUUUUUGGUCUCAGUCAAGUCGCUAGUAGUAUUUGCUUACUUACCACUCAGUUUUGUGUACAAUAAACUCCGACUUGUGGGAGAGUCCGGUCCCCACAUUUAUAACAGGUGUCAUAUACAAACUUCAUAGUCAAGAAUCAAGGAAAAAAAUCAAGUUACACACACACACCCCUCAAAAAAUUUGUAUGCUCUUAAGUUUACAAUUCUGUGUUCUCCUUUUGUAGCUAUCCUCAGCUAUGUAGGAGCUGCUGGUGGGAUACUGUUAACUCUGAUGUGUUGUUUUUAAAUUUUAUCAAACAUAAGUUUUCUGCUGAAAAUUGUGUAUACUUAAAAUUUAAUGGACUGUUCCGCUUUGUGUUGCUUUUAUUAUUCAAAAUAAAUAUAAUUUUGUGUUUGA